AUGGAAGAACGUUGCGUCAUCACGUUUUCUCCCACGGACAGCUGCGACAACGUUGAGUUCAACAGUGACGUGGAGCGGAUGAUCGAAAACGUGGAGAAUAUAUCAGUGCAGCUGACCUGGAUGAAUUAUGACAUGGUGGCGCUGCGGACUAGUCCAGAGCUCGGGUCCAUUAUGCAGAAGCUGGAGGAAGCCUUUAACAGAUGCAGAGCUGCUGUGUACAGAGACGAGCAGCUAGAGAGUAGUGAAAAUCCUGAUUCUACUGGCACAGCACUUAAUCACCAGAUGUGACAAAUCAUUAGAGCUGUUAGUUCACAAGAGCAGUGCAUGGAAAUUAAGUGGAGGUUGGUUGAUACAGUCCAUACAGGAAGCUGUAUUUCCUUUGCGUGUUUGAGCAACUUUUGCAAGUUCUAGAGCAUAUUUUAUUCACUCAAUGCAUUUGAAACAUUUCUUACGAUGAUGCGCAGCCAAGACUGCAGCUUUCUAAGUGUUGUUUAUAUAAGCAUGCUAUCUUUUUUUGCUUCAUAUGUCAAGAGUUCUUAUUCAUUAAACCUAUGUUAUUUAAUAAAACAGUGAGAUAAGAUGAAA